AUGGGCGGCCCGGUCGAGAACCUCCUGCGCGCCGCGGGCUGCCCGCUCUACGCCGUCCCAAAGGCCCUGGGCUUCGACGUCGAGGCGCAGCGGAGCGCGGCGCAGGUGGAGGCGGACAACGCGCGCGGGUGCGUGGCGCCGUGCUGGGACGAGACGGACAACGGCAUCCCCGACGUCUGCCUCGAGCGCAAGUGGUGCCCCUUCAACCCGGACAACCCCGUCACGAACGACAACUUCGUGUGCCUCGUCUUCGGCAACAUCGGUUUCCCCUACUUCGACCGGCGGCGCAAGGUCUACAUGGGCGUCGCCAUGUGGUCGACGCUGCUCGCGAUGUUCGUCACGGCCUUCGGCGCGCUGUCGCUGUCGACGGACCCGGACGUCGUGCGCACGUCCUACUGGGCGAAGCUCGAGACCUGGAACGCGACGUCUCGGGAGACGACGCACUACUACCUGGGAUUACGGUCCAUCGUCACGGUCUACGACGGCGGCGACGAGACGACGGACCGGCUCGAGAUCGACUACAUGGUCGGGCGGAUCCCCGGGAGCCGGAACGUCGACCCCAUGCGCGAGGAGCUCCUCGAGAGCUGCGCCGACAGCGCCGCGGGGAACCAGAUCGGCGCCUUACUUUCCUGCGUGACGCUCAUCUUCGCGCUCCUGGGGACGAUCAACCGCAUGAAGUUCUCGAGCGACGCGAACGUGCAGAAGGCGCUGGGCCUCGUCACGGACACGUGGGGCGCUUUAACGCUGAGCUACACGCUCUUCAACUUCCACGCGAACUGCUUCGACGACCUGCCGAACCGGUUCCUGCACCUGGACCUCGACUACGAGUGGGGGCCGGGCUGGAUCUGCUACCUCUUCUGCGCGUUGAGCGGGUGCAUCCGCGCCGCGGCGCACUGGGUCACGCCGACGCCGGGCAACGGCGCGGGCGCGUGCACCUUCAGUCUACCGAUGGAGAUUUUAAAGCUCCUGGACGCGGACGGCGACGGCGAGAUCACCUGGGAGGACCAGAAGCUCAUGUUCCGGAACCUGAAGAAGUUCAUACAGCACGAGACCGUCGAGGUCCGGAGCCGCGCGACGAUCCUGCGGGCCGACAUGCUCAAGGGCGGCGGCCGCUUCGUGCGCGCCGCGUCCGACGCGGCCGAGGACCUGGCGGACCGCGUCCGCCACUCGCUCACGGCCCACGACGAGAGCCCCCGCGCGCUCGGCGACGACGAGAAGCGCGACCUCGUCGCGGGCGCGCUCGCGGACUUUGGCGGCGCGGCGCCCGCGCCGCCGGCGCCGGCGACGGCGACGUCGCCCGCGUCGCCGGCGCCCGAGUCGCCCAAGGCGCCCGCGGCGCCCGCGGCGCCGAGGAGCCCGCCGCGCGACGCGGGGCCCGCGCCCGCGGGCGAGCGCGACGGCGCGCCCGAGGACCCCCUCGCGCGGCGCGUGUCCCUCUCCCUCGCGAAGCAGCGCCACAACGCGCGCCGGUCUUCCAUCGCGCGGUCCGUGCUCCGCGAGUCGACGGCGCACGACCGGCACGAGCGCCUCGCGAAGCGGUCCGCGGAGCGCAGCGCCGCGCGCCGCGGGUCCGUGCGCACGGCCAACGUGCCGACCUACCUCUACGGCCUCUCCGACGACGCCAGGUGCUCGCCGCGCCUCCUCGAGGAGGACGAGGCGCGGCGCCACCACCGGCCCAAGGCCAUGUGGAACAAGGUGCGGCUCAACAUGAAGCACCUCAAGCAGGCCCAGGUGCGCCCGGACGACGGCGCCGGGGCCGCGGACGCGGCGCCGGAGGCGGACCCCGACCCGGUGACGGCGCAGCCCGCGCCGAGCCCGCUCGCGCCGCCGCGGCGACUCGACGGGGGCGACGACCCGGGGCCGCUCCGCCAGGGCCGCCUGCCGCCCCUCGCGGACCGGCGCGACCUGCCGCCCCUGCGACCGAGGGACGACGAAAUGAAGUCGCCCCCCGACGGGUUGUCGUCGCUGCGGUCCGCGGCGGCGAGCGGCCGCUGGCGCGAGGCGCUGGCGCUCAUCGCCGCGGCGGAGGAGGCCAUCGGCGACCGCGCGGCCAAGGGCGAGGGCCAGGCGUUCCCGCUGCCCAUCGAGGCCUACAACCUCGCCAUCACGGCCUGCGGCGCCGCGGGCGAGUGGCGCGAGGCGCUCGGCGUGCUCCGGCGGCUCACCGUCGGCGUCGACUUCGACGGCGACAAGGGGUCGGUCCUCGGGCGGCGGCCGCGGCCCGACCACGUGACCUUCAACGCCGCGGGCGCCGCCGCGGCGAAGAGCGGCAGAUGGCGCGACGCGGAGAUGGUGUUGGACCAGAGCAGGCGCUACAAGCGGAGCCACAUCAUCCUCUACACGUCGGUCAUCGGCGCCUGCGGGCGCGCGCGGGAGAAGGGCCGGGCCCUGGGCCACCUGGCGCGGCUCCGCGAGGAGCGGGGCCGCGCGGACGUCUUCGCGUUCACCGCGGCCGUCGACGCGUGCGCGCGCGCGGGCGACUUCGCCAACGCGACGGCGCUGCGGCGCGCGAUGGAGGCCGAGGACCGCGUGGCGCCGAACCUGCGGACCUUCCGCGCGCUCGUGUCCGCCGCGGGCAACGCCGGCGAGUGGGCCGCGGCGGAGGAACUGUUGGAAGAGGUCCGCGCCGCGUUCGCGGCGCGCGACGGCGACGACAGGGGCUGGCGGCUCCGGGACUACGCGGCGUGCCACGAGGCGGCGCUCUUCGCCUGCCAGGACCGGGGCGACUACGCCCGGGCCGCCGCCGUGCUCGGCCGCGUCGAGGCGGACGUCGACGCGCGCGCCGUCGGCGGCCGCGACGGCGACGCGCUCGACUUCACGCUGCGCGGCCACGUCGCCGCGGUCGGCGCGUGCGCCGCGUUCCGCGGGCCGGCGGAGGGCGAGGACUGGGCGGACCGGCGCCGCGUCGCCUUCGAGCUGCUGCGGCGCCUCGAGGACCGCGUGUCCGCGCCGGCGCGGCGGUCCAUGCUCUGGCGGCGCGCGCGCGAGCGCCGCGCGGCGCACAACGCGGUCUUGGCGCUCCUCGAGAACGCGACGACGAAAGGGUUGAAGCCCGACGCGGCGUCGUUCAACGCGUGCCUGGCCGCGUGCCGCCGGUCCGAGCCGCCGAAGGCCGAGGCGUCGCUCCGCAUCUGGCGCCAGCUCAUCGACGACGGCACGGCGGCGCGGCCCGACGGCGUCUCCGCGGCGGAGACCGUGGCCUGCCUCGAGCGCGGCAACCGCACGGCCGACGCGGACGAGGUCUUCGGCGACUGUUUGCGGCUGGGCGUGCUCCUCACGAAGCCCGCGGGCCCGCGGUCCGCGGCGCCGCCGUCGGGCGUCAAGUCGUCGUCGUUCCUCGACGAGGACGGCGAGUACGACGUCAGCGGCAUGACCGUGCCCCUCGCGCGCUGCGCCGUGCGGCGCGCCGUCUACGAGGCCGCGGCCGACCUCGACCCGAAGGCGACGGCGAAGGCGUCCGUCGUCUUCAUCACGGGCGUCGGCGCGCGGCGCCAAUUCGACCCGAACCACGUGCCGCUCCGGACCCACGUGCUCCAGCUCCUGCGGCACGGCUUCGACCCGCCGCUCGUCGCCUUCGUGCCCGACGACGCGCCGGGCACGGUCAAGGUCGAGACGCGGUCCCUCCUGGCCUGGGCCGCGGCGCGCGACGAGGACGCCGCGGACGCCGCGGAGAAGCGGCCCGCGCGCGGCGGCGGCGCGAAGCGCCGGGGGAAGCGCGGCCGCAAGAAGGGCCGGCCGAGUAGCAAGUAA